AUGCACAGUCCAUUAGGGACUAAUGAAUAAGAGUACGUAAAAUAUUUGUAACAAUUAAGUUAGCCAAGGAAAAGAAAAGGGUAAAGUGCGAAUUACAUUGAGAUGGUGAGGUCGAAAAGUGCAUUGUCAGUGAGGGUGUUGAUGGUGGCGUUACUAGCAGUAUCAACAACAAGGUGGUGGUGGAGACAGACGAUGGGGGAUGAGCAGCCGCAACAAGAGGAGUGUGCCACCGUGAAGGCACUCAUCUCAGCUUGCUCAAGCUUCGUGAUGUACGGAUUGCCAGACCCCAUCCCAGGUUCCCCUUGCUGUGUUGCCAUGCUCAGCCUGAGCAACCUGGCUGACUCCACCGACAACCGCCAGAACGUCUGCCGGUGCAUGAUGGAUCUCAUCACCACCUACAACCCUAAUGCCACUUCCAUUGCUACUUUGCCAGGCUUCUGCGGUGUCUCUCUUGGCUUCAUCAUUGAUCCUAACACUGAUUGUGAAUAUAUUGGAUGAAAGUACUGAGCAGUACGUAAUCUUUUCAGAUCGUUCAAGUGAAGACUACAACUUUCAAGAUGCGGCUAGCACUUGUCUGUACCCAGAAUUAAUUAAUUAAACAUUUCAUCCUGAUCCUGCAUACACCAAACAAGAACACAAGUGUACAAGUACAUACCAAAUAGAUGAUCAUCGUAUAUAUGUAUUGUAUUCUGAACUUUAAUUUUUGAAUGUAUGCAAUUGAAUGCUUACUUCUUAAGAGAGUCAAUUCAAACAGCUUGAUUACA